UGAGCAGUCGGUGGCAGAGUCAUCGAUCCUUUCUGAGCGUGGCCGGCUGAUCCUCAGCGGCUGCCAGACACCGGCGGGGUCCUCAGAGCACCUCACGUGUCCGUCCCGCCGCCGCUGCUCGCUUCCAUGGCCUAUAAACCAUGACGGACUACGCCGAGGAGCAGCGCAAUGAGCUGGAGGCUCUGGAGUCUAUCUAUGCGGACUCUUUCACAGUCUUCUCUACGUCCCCAGAAAGUUUCUCCAUCACUGUGUCAUCGGAAGCAGGAGAAGAAGAAGAAAAUGUACAGGUGACUCUGAAGUUUACGUAUGUGGAGUCCUAUCCAGAUGCAGCUCCUCUCUAUGAAAUAGUUUCCCAAGAGAAUCUGGAAGAUGUGGAUGCUUCUGCUGUGUUGGCCUUAUUAGGGGAGCAGGGUCAGGAGAACCUGGGAAUGGUGAUGAUUUUCACUUUGGUGUCUGCUGUCCAAGAUAAACUAAAUGAAAUUGUAGACCAAAUAAAAACCAGGAGAGAAGAGGAAAAAGUAAGAAAGGAAAAGGAGGUAGAAGAAGCAGAAAAGCAACGUUUUCAUGGAACUCCUUUAACGAUUGAAAACUUCCUUAAUUGGAAAGCCAAAUUUGAUGGAGAGAUGAUAGAAAUGAGAAGAAAAAGACAAAAGGAAGAGGAGCAAUCGGGAAAAAGUAAAUUAAGCGGAAAGCAGCUUUUUGAAACUGAUCAUAACCUGGACACCUCCGACAUCAAAUUUCUGGAAGAAGCUGGUAACAGCGUUGAAGUGGACGAAUCUCUAUUCCAAGAAUUGGAUGAUUUAGAAUUGGAUGAUGAAGAUGAUUUAGAUUACAAUCCUAUUGAUCUAGAAAGUGACUGAUCACCUUGGGCUCCCACUUCAAGAGUCAGGAAAGUCACAGUAUCUGUGACUUAAUAAAUAUACAUCCACUGCUGUUCAUUUUUUAAGUCAUAUUUUAAUUUUCAGGAGAUUCUUCUUCUGAGCACUUCCAAGAUCACACUGAAUAAAAGUGGCUUAAAAUAAA